ACUGGCUACCACUUAUUAGUUAAUACCUGCCACUGUUAUCUUCUUCACACAGUUCUCAUUGCCGCCAAUUGUAAAGGGUUCCUUAUUCAUGGAUAUACCUUCAGCUCGAAGCUUUAAAAAAUUCUCUCUCGUGCCCAUUAACCAGUUCCAAAUCGCCGACCAGAAAGACUGGAACUUGAUCAUCAAGAAUCAUACCAAGUCCAACAAUGACCAUGCAAUUCUCACUACGUAUACCCAUAUGGAAUCUCUCGGCAUAUCACCUGAUAAAGCUACUCUACCUCUUGUUCUCAAGGCCUGUGCCAGGCUGAAAGCGGUUGAGAAAGGCAGGAAAUUACAUUUUCGUAUUAGGGACACGAGUUUGAUUCGAGAUGUUCGAGUUGGAACCGCAAUUGUUGACUUCUAUGGUAAGUGCGGGCUCGUUGAUGAUGCCCGUGAGGUGUUCGACCAAAUGGGUGUGAAAGAUGUUGUUUUGUGGAAUGCUAUGAUAUAUGGGUAUGUUGGGUGCUGUUGUUUUGAGAGGGCAAUUAUGUUGUUUAUGCAGAUGCAGAAGGAGGGCCUAAAACCCAAUUCACGUACGGUUGUAGGGUUGCUUUCAGCAUGUAGAGAGGUUUGUGAAUUGAGAUUGGGACAGGAGAUACAUGGCUACUGUUUGAGAAACGGACUGUUUGAUUUGGACCCCCAUGUGGGAACUGCUUUGAUUGGAUUCUAUCUUAGAUUUGAUGUAAGAAUUUCACGUUAUGUGUUUGAUUUAAUGGCUGCGAGAAAUACUGUUAGUUGGAAUGCAAUAAUUACCGGAUACCUUGACAUGGAAGAGCACUUGGAAGCUUGUAAUCUUUUUGUGCUUUUGCUUGUUGAAGGUGUUGAGUUUGAUCCGGUUACAGUAGUAGCUGUAGUUCAAGCCUCUGCUGAGCUAGGUUUUCUCAAAUUGGGUGCUCAAAUCCAUCAAAUGGCUGUUAAGUCUGGUUACAGAAAUGAUAUGUUCAUAGUAAAUGCUUUGCUUAACAUGUACAGAAAUUGUGGAAGUUUAGAUUCAUCGUAUAGGUUAUUUGAAAAUGUCUCCAAACGUGAUGUUGCUUUGUGGAAUUCUAUGAUGAAGGCAUACAUUGAAUAUGGCCUUUACGAUGAAGCUGUGAGUUUAUUCACCGCUAUGCGGAUGGAAGGCAUCAGAGAAGAUAAGAGAACUAUUGCUAUAUUGUUGUCUUCAUGUUCAAAUUUAGCUGAUGGGAUGAGAAUUGGUAAGAGUUUACUUGGUCGUGUGAUCAAAAGUGAUAUGGAAAUAGAUACUUCUCUUGGAAAUGCACUCUUAGGUAUGUAUGCUGAAUUAAAUUGUGUCAAAGCUGCCCAAAAUGUUUUCAUGGAGAUGACAGGUCGAGAUGUUGUCUCAUGGAACACUUUAAUUAUGACAUUGGCUUGCAACAGAUUGAGAGGUGAAGCUUGGAACCUAUUUGAGGCGAUGCGAGCAUCGGAAAUCACACUCAACUCACACACAAUGAUAUCUAUCCUGACUGCUUGUGAUGAUGAAACCUAUCUGAAUAUUGGGAGAGCAAUUCAUGGUUUUGUUAUAAAACAUGGUAUUGAAAACGACCUAUCUCUGAACACUGCAUUAACAGAUAUGUACAUGAAUUGUGGUAAUGAAUCAACAGCUAUGAAUCUAUUUGAGAGUUAUCCUAAUAGGGAUGUGAUCUCAUGGAAUGCCUUAAUUGCUAGCUUUGUGAAAAAUAGCCAAGGUGAUAAAGCUCAAUUACUUUUCAGCCAUAUGAUUUCAGAAGUGGAACCUAACCAUGUCACCAUUAUAAACAUGCUUUCGUCAUUUACACAUCUUGCGGCUCUCACUAAAGGCCAAAGCUUGCAUGCUUAUGCAAUGAGGAGACAGUUCAAUUUUGACAACAAUUUGUCUCUUGCAAAUGCAUUUGUGACAAUGUAUGCAAGAUGUGGCAGUAUGCAAAAUGCUGAGAAAGUCUUCAAAAUUUUACCAAGGAGAAAUAUCAUCACAUGGAAUGCCUUGAUAGCUGGCUAUGCUAUGCAUGGUCGUGGACAUGAUGCUAUUCUUGCGUUCUUACAGACGAUAGAAGACGGUUUGAGCCCAAAUGCUGCAACUUUCAUUGCUGUUCUAUCUGCUUGCAGACAUUGUGGAUUUGUAGAGAAGGGAUUGCUGCUUUUUCACUCAAUGGUUCAUGAUUUCAAGAUAAAACCUGAGCUUGUUCACUAUGGUUGUGUGGUUGAUCUUCUUUGCCGUGGAGGUCGGUUAAGUGAAGCUAGAGAAUUUAUCGAAUCCAUGCCUAUUGAACCAGAUGCAUCACUGUGGAGGGCUUUGCUUAGUGCUUGUCGGCUUAAUUCCGACAUAAAGUUAGCUGCAACUGUCUUUGAGAAACUCGUUGAAUUAGAACCCACGAAUGCUGGAAAUUACAUAUUGCUAUCUAAUAUCUAUGCCGCAGUUGGUCUUUGGCUAGAAGUGAGGAAGAUAAGGUCGUUGCUCCAAGAAAAGGGAUUAAAAAAGUCCCCGGGAUUAAGUUGGAUUGUUGUUCAGAAUCAAGUGCACUCUUUUGCUGCCGGCGACACAUCACAUCCUCUUUCAGAAAAAAUCUAUGCAAAUCUGUAUUCUUUAACGGACUUAAUCAGAGAAAGUGGAUAUACUCCUGAUUUCAGAUGGGUUUUAUAUGAAGAAGAGGAUUAGUUUAACAAUCUCCAUUUAGGCCUAACUCAAAGCUGGAGCAAAUGAGAUUAAAGCCUUUCUAAUUGUUUGAGAUUUCAUGCCUGUGAGAUGUUUAAGGAACAAGAAACAACUACCCCCAAAUAGUGUUUUCAUACCAUUGACGAUAAACAUGAGACUUGGGGAACUGGGUAAGUACCAGAAGAUGAUUCUAGUUUCUAACUCCACAUACGUAUAAAUAUUGAUAUUGAUCAUGUACAGUGUUGUUUCUUUAUAUUCAUUCUUCAAUAUACAGGACUGUCAAAGAUAUAACCAAACAUAUUUUCAUCAGCCCCUAUAUAUUUUA